UAUGAAAAUAUGUGAAAGGAAAAAUAUAUACGUCAAGAUUUUGGCUUAAAUUGAAACUUAUUGAAUGGAAGAUUUCUGACAUAUUAACAAAAAGAAAAUGGUAACAUAAUUUUAGUAGAGAAAUUUGUAAUGAGAGAUUUAGAAAUGGAAAGAGAAAACCUCUUUUAUGAGAAUCAUUCUCUCUGCACAGAAUAUGUCUUGCAUGAAUCACUGAAAAAUUGGGGACUUAUCCCUGUAAAUCAGGUAGAUAUACCCCCUGAUUAGUAGAUCAAAAUUUCAAGAGAUGAAAACUAUUCUUAUACCUUGAAAUCACUGAUUAGUCCAAAAUAUCAUGAGUGAACUUUAAAGAUAAAUAUAAUAUAUCUCUUCCUAGAAAUUUACCAUUAUUCAUAGCCGGCCAUUAAAUUUUGCAUAUUCUUAAUAGCAACCAUGCUAAGAUUUACAUCAUCAGCAUACAUAACAGCUUAUUGAUAGAGAAAUGCAUUACCACUAAAAAUAAUCAAGAGAAGAUAAGCUAAAGAUAUGACAGGUUUCUUUGAUACUCUAGCCGGUGCUAAACCAAAUUUACACUCUGGCAAUUGCUGUAUUUAGUGCUUCUCCCUUGCAUCAUAACAGGGCAAAAAAGGAUCCAGCUAAAGUAGAAUAAUCGCUACAAGAAUUAUGAAUGCAUUGGCAAGAAAUGCUGAAUAUUUUGCCUAUUAAUGGCCUAAUGACACCCUUGUGAGUUUGGAGUCCAAUGAACCAUGACAAACAUUAUUUUUGAUCCUUCGGCUGCAAGUAACCCAUCUCUCACUUACAUCAGAGUGCAGAGUAACCCACACCCUCUUGGCCUCCAUAACAAGGAAAGACUCUGGGAUCUUGGGUGCUUGUCCUUCCCUAUAAGACUUAUUUUCACUCUGAAAAUAUCUUCAUUUCCAACCACUUGCAAGAUUUUGACAUGAAUCAUCUUCGGCGUCAGAAGAAGCGCUUCCCUUCUCUCUCCCAACUUGCCCAACAUCCAAUAACUUUUAGUGCUUGAAAGGCUCUGUAUGGGGGUCCCACAUGGCCCUCCUAAGAACGCCAUCCCACCCCCUUUUUAUCUAUUUAUUCCCUUCCUUCCCCCCAUUUGUUCCCUUUGUUGUCUUCUCCUCCAACCCCAAAACCCACCACCACCACCACCACCACCACCACCACCCACCCCAUCCAACAACCCAUCCCAGCUACCACCAUGCCUGAAAACCAAAAGCAAGGAGAAGUCAUGUGGCCUAGAUUGGUGGCCAACAAGCUGCUUCGAAGGCCGUUGUGCUGCAAUUCCUUCGUCAUGGACUUCCCGAGCACUGAGAUGUUGCUUGAAGUGGCUGGUCUGGAUGAUCCCAUCAGGCCAAAGAGAUUGUCUAAAGAUCAGACAGACACCCAAAAGCUCUUUGUUAGUACAUGGAACGUCGGUGGUAUCCCUCCAACCGAUGAUCUAAAUUUGGAGGAUUGGUUAGACACAAAGAAUAGCUCUUAUGACAUCUAUGUUCUUGGGUUCCAAGAAAUUGUGCCGCUUAGUGCCAAAAACAUACUCGGCCCAGAAAAGAGUAGAAUCUCCAUGAAGUGGAACUCACUCAUCAGGGCGACAUUGAACAACUCUCCCUCCAACGCACAAAGAGGCCAGGAUUCCAAGCUAGGGGAGAUGCAGAAGGUGUAUCCAGUCAAGCAAGGCAGUUCUAAGGAAAGCAUUGUGCAAGACUUCCGAUGCAUUGUAAGCAAGCAGAUGGUAGGGAUUCUAGUCUCCGUGUGGGUGAGAGGUGAUCUCCGACGAUAUAUUCGCCACCCUAGCGUCUCCUGUAUUGGUUGUGGCAUUAUGGGCUGCCUAGGGAACAAGGGUGCAGUGUCGGUAAGGUUUUUCCUGCGUGAAACGAGCUUCUGUUUCGUAUGCUGUCAUUUGGCUUCUGGAGGAAAAGAAGGGGAUGAGGUGCACAGAAAUUCAGAUGCCAUGGAGAUAUUAUCUAGGACAAGCUUUCCUCGUGGCCCUUCUCUUGAUUUGCCUCAAAAAAUUCUAGAUCAUGAUCGAGUAAUCUUGCUUGGAGACUUGAACUAUAGAAUCUCCUUGCCGGAGGCCAAAACACGAACCAUAGUGGAGCAAAAGGAAUGGAACAUCCUGUUAGAGAAAGAUCAGUUGAGAGUGGAGGUCUCGGAGGGUCGGGCACUUGAAGGCUGGCAUGAGGGCGAGAUCUCAUUCUCUCCCACAUAUAAGUACUACCCAAACUCAGAUACGUAUUAUGGGUGCAUGCAUGGCAAAAAAGGCGAGAAAAGACGAGCUCCAGCAUGGUGUGAUCGGAUUCUAUGGCAUGGGAAGGGUUUGAAGCAAAACUUAUAUGAUCGAUGCGAGUACAGACUAUCUGAUCACCGGCCUGUGCGAGCACUUUUCUCUGCAGAGGUUGGGGUCCCGACAAGCUGUAAUAGCUCCUUAAGAAGCUUGUUCUUGUCGGAUAGAUUUGAUCCAGUCACCAGCCACAUCGAAUUGUUCUCAAAUGAAGACUCCAACACAUCGAGCGGCCGGUGAUUCACAAUUGCAUCACUAUCUUCAGCCAUUGACUCACCAACAUAUUUUGGAGUUCAUGGUGAGGUUUGCUACCAUAUGAGUAACCCUUUCCUCAUAUGAGUAACCCUUUCCUCAUCCUUCAAGGGAGCUUGGGAAGCUAUUUUUAAUGCACCUUUCUGGUCUCUUAUCAGAGAGGAGACCUCAAUCCAGUGUAUCUUAUUUUUUAUGUCAAGGUUUUAAAAUUUGUGGAGCAGAGAUUAUAUAGAGUGCUAGUGAUUGGCCUGUCUGAAUUUUUACUCAAAAUUAAACUGGGGGAGAGAGAGAGUGUGUGUUUUCGUCU